UGUCGGUGUACUCUUGUCUCCCGACGGCGGCGGUGCAUACGAAGGAUGCAAGGCUGUUGUCGACGUCUUAGACAUGGCCGUCUCGCCUCUCCUUUCUUGUCUUCUGCUCACCGUACCCGACGACUCUCUGCCUGACUCCGCCACCUUCUGGCCGUCCCUCGCCACGCAAACAUGACCUGAAUUCUGCGACGACCAUCAAUUGGACCCUGUAUACCAUAUCGAGAGACAAGAGUUGGAAGAGAAUAAGCAAAAAAUGUCUGACGGGAUCACCGACGCGAAGAAUGGCAUCACGGGCGGAUACAAAGGCGAGAAUGCCAUCAUCAUUCGAGCAAUGCUGGCAUUUACUGCCAUAGCUUGGUAUAACGCAGCCGAGCUCAUCAUUCUGGUCCUGGUCGUCUUCAAGCGGUACUCUGGCCUGUACUUCUGGUCUUUGCUCAUCACGUCCAUCUCCAUUAUUCCGUAUCAAGUCGGCGCAUGGUUGAAACAAGUCGGAGAGAGCGAUGCGAUGGGCAUGAUUAUAUUGUCGAGUAUCGGCUGGGUUGUGCUGGUACCAGGCUCUAGUCUGGUGUUAUACUCUCGUCUACAUUGUAUCACGCAAAACCAGAAGCUGCUGAAGGGUGUACUCUACAUGAUCAUCAUCAACGCGGUUGUUCUUACCGUGCCAACGAAUGUCCUGUCUCUUGGCUCCAACUCCAGCAAGUAUCGACUAUUCACCACCGGCUAUUCUGUCAUGGAGAAGAUCCAGAUGACAGCUUUCACCGCUCAGGAACUCAUCAUCUCAUCCAUCUAUCUUAUCGAGGUUCGGCGCGUGCUCAAAGUGGUAGAUGAUGGUCGCUUCAGAAAGCUCAUGUGGGAGCUUGCGGCUAUCAAUGCCGCCAUCAUCGUCUUGGACGUCGCGCUCCUCGCUGUCGAGUACCUUGGCUUGUAUCAGAUCGAAGUCACACUCAAAGGAAUGUGUUACAGUAUCAAGCUUAAGCUGGAAUUCGGGGUUCUGUCGAAACUGGUCAAGAUUGCGACUGCUCGUCAAGGUGUCUAUGAUCUUAAUACCGGCACUGACAGCAAUGGCACGAAAGAUACAAUGACCUACCAAGGACACGGUAGCUGGUUGACCGGGGUAUCGGCUUCGCCACCUACAUUGACCACCUUAUCUUCCAACGCCACGUACAGCACCGCAAAGCGCAACAGCACGUGGGGUAGUAUAUUCUCAUCCACCAACCCAUUCACGUCUGCGCAUGCGGAGGUACAGAAGAGGCACCGCGACUUCGAGGCCAAUGUGACGUUUUCGCAAGCUGAGCCGUUGCCAAAACCAAGUUUGUUUGCUGAUCACAUUUCUCAUCCACCUGCUAUUGUUACUUCAAGACGCUCAUCGACGGAAGAUAUGUAUCCUGGAAGACUUGGCUGAUAUACCGGAGAGUGCUUCUCAGAAGAAAGGUCGCACUGCAAAUAUCACCCUGCAUUGAGACAGGUCUUUAGAGGCAUACAAUGUCCAACCCGGAGUACAGCAUCGAGAGCCAUUUUAUGGGACGUGGUACAGCCUAAGCGGCUCCACUCACCGCAGGUCUGCCUACCCCAGAGGCUGCACACAAAAUACCUUCACC